AUGUCUGUAAGGCGCAUCCAGCACUGCCACUCCCUCUCUGUUGACUCUGAAGAAGCCAAUGGGAACCAUGUGGAACCUGGACCAGAACCAGAACCAGAAGAACUGGAUUGGGAUAGCUUUAGCACCAUGCUGGAGCACAGAUUAGCAGCUGAGCAAGAGAGCGCCCAGGCAUCGGAGCAACGCUGCGUCCAGCUGGAGAAGUCCCGGCGUGAGCUGGAACGGCAGCUAUCAGGCCUGUCAGACCGUCUGGAGGAGGAGGAGGCCUGUUCCAACCAGCUAGGCCUCCACAGGGACAGGCUGGAGACCGAGUGCGGCAACCUCAGACGAGACCUGGAGGAACUGGAGAGCGCCCUUACUGCGGCUGAACGGGAUAAACAGUCAUCGGACAGCGAGGUGAGGAGGCUGUCAGAUCAUCUCUUUCAGAAGGACGAGGCGGUGCAGAAGCUCAGAAAAGAGAAAGAACAUCUGGUGGAGCUCAGUGAGCAGGCCAUCGAGGACCUGCAGAGCGAAGAGGAGAAGGUGAACCUGCUGACCAAACAGAACACCAAGCUACAGAUGCAAGCUGAAGAGUUGGAGUACCAGCUGGAUCAGGAACGCCGUCAGCGUGGUGAGCUAGAAAAGAGCAGGAGGAAGCUGGAAGGUGAUAGCAGAUCCACUCAGGAGAGUCUUGGAGAGAUGGAGAAGAUGAGGAAUGGGCUAGAAGACCUCAUCAAAAGGAAGGACCUGGAGAUCACCAGUACCAGCUCCAAGCUAGAAGCAGAGGAGGCCCUCAACAUCGGGCUGCAGAGGAAGAGCAAAGAGCUGCAGGCGCGCAUCGAAGAGCUGGAGGAGGAGCUGGAGGCAGAGCGGGCCAUGAGAGCGAAGGUGGAGAAGCAGAGAGCAGAUCUAUCCAGAGAACUGGAUGAUCUCACUGACCGACUGGAGGAAGAAGGGGGGGUCACCGCCUCGCAGAUAGAGGUGAACAAGAAGCGAGAGGCCGAGCUCCAGCGUCUGAGGCGAGACCUGGAGGAGACCUCUGUCCAGUCUGAAGCACUGGCCGUGAUGCUGAGGAAACGCCACAGUGAUGCCAUGGUGGAGCUGAGCGACCAGUGCGAGGCUCUGCAGCGGGCCAGGGCCAAACUGGAGAAGGAGAAACAGAAGCUGAGGAUGGAGGUGGACGAGCUGUCUGCUUCACUGGACAGUCUGACGAAAGCCAAGACCUCCUCAGACAGCCAGAUAAAGAAGCUGGAGGAACAGUUGUCUGACUCCAACAGGAGAGGAGAUGACCUGCAGAGGACGCUCACUGAGCUUAGCGUGGCCAAGAACAGACUCACAGCGGAUAACGCAGACGUGAGUCGACAGAUGGAGGAGGCGGAGGGCAGAGCCAGCCAGCUGAGCCGCUCCAAGACUCUGCUCCAAUCCCAACUGGAGGAACUCAAGAAACAGUUGGAUGAGGAGGUCAAGUGUAAGCAGGCGGUCAGUAGCAGCUUGAGUUUAGUGCGGCAGGAGUGCGAGGUGCUGAAGGAGCAGCUGGAGGAGGAGCAGGAGAGCAAGCAGGAGCUCCAGCGCCUCGUCUCCAAACUCAACAGCGAGGUGACGCACUGGAGGACCAAACACGAGGCCGACGCCAUCCAGCAUGCUGACGAGCUUGAGGACACCAAGAAGAAGCUGGCAUCACGGCUUCAGGAGGCAGAGGAGGCCGUGGAAGCCACCCAAGCCAAAUGCUCCUCCCUGGAGAAAACCAAACAGAGGCUGCAAGGAGAAGUGGAGGAGCUCUGCAUGGACCUGGAGAAGGCCAGCAGCUGUGGGCAGGCUCUGGAUAAGAAGCAGCGGGUGCUGGAGAAGCAGCUCGGAGACUGGAGGCAGAAGUGUGAGGAGCUGGUGGCUGAGGUGGAGGGCUGCCAGAAGGAGAGCAGGCAACACGCCAGCGAGCUCUUCAAACUCAAGACAACCCAUGAGGAGUCUCUGGAGCAGCUGGAGGCUCUACGCAGGGAGAACAAGGCCUUCCAGGAGGAGAUAGCUGAUCUCACAGACCAGCUGUCAGAUGGUGGUAAGAGUGUCCACGAGCUCCAGAAAGCGAAAAAGAAGAUCGAGAUGGAGAAAGAGGAGUUACAGGCCUCACUGGAAGAGUCUGAGGCGGCUUUAGAGGCUGAGGAGACUAAGGUUCUGAGGCUGCAGCUGGAGCUAUCUCAGGCUAAAGGAGACCUAGAGCGCAGACUUCAGGAGAAGGAGGAAGAGAUGGAAGCUGCGAGAAAAAGCCACCAGAGGGCACUGGAGUCCCUGCAGGCCAGUCUGGAUGUGGAGGUGAAAGGCAGAGCAGAGGGGCUGAAGCUGAAGAAGAAGCUGGAGGCCGACAUCAAUGAGCUGGAGCUGCAGGUGGACCUGCUCACCAAGAACAACACAGAGUUCAGCAAGAACAGCAAGAAGGCGCAGCAGCAGAUCAAGGAGCUGCAGGUUCAGCUGGAGGAGGAGGUGCGGAGCCAUGAAGAACGCAGGGAGGAUCAGGCAGCCCUGGAACGACGCUGCGCUCUGUUGGUCGGCGAGGGUGAGGAGACACGCUCGGCCCUGGAGUGCGCAGAGAGGGCCCGCAAGGUCUUAGAGACAGAGCUGCAGGAUGCUAACGAGAAAUACAGCGACCUCAACAACCAGUUCCAGUCAGCUCUGAGCGGGAGGAGGAAACUGGAGGUGGAUCUUCAGGCUCUGCAGCAGGAGCACGAGGAGCUGCAGGGGGAGCUCAGAGGAUCCAUAGACAAGGCCAAGAAGGCCAGCUGUGAGUUGGCACGAGUUGGGGAGGAGCUGCGUCUGGAGCAGGAGCACACGCUUCACCUGGAAAGAGUGAAGAAAGGUCUGGAGGCCCAGAUCAAAGACAUGAGCAGCAGGCUGGACGAGGCUGAGCAGAUGGCUCUGAAAGGAGGCAAGAAGAUCAUCCAGAAGCUGGAGGCAAAGGUGAAGGAGCUGGAGCUGGAGCUGGACUCGGAGCAGAAGCGACACUCUGAGACGGUGAAGACGCUGAGGAAGAACGAGCGGCGGCUGAAGGAGCUGCUGUUCCAGUCCGAGGAGGACCAGAAGAACCAGCAGAGGAUGCAGGAGCUGGUGGAGAGGCUGCAGAACAAGAUGAAGGCCUACAAGAGACAAGUGGAAGAGGCCGAGGAGCAAGCUAACAUGAACUUAGCAAAGUAUAGGAAGACAGUCCAUGAGCUGGAUGAUGCUGAGGAGCGAGCUGACAUCGCUGAGUCAGCUCUCACCAAGAUCAGGACCAAGAAUAGGGGCAGCUUUGGCAAAGGAUACUCCUCUGGUUAUAGCACACCGUAUCCAGGCCUGGUCAGGUCACCCAGCUCUGUGGGCUCAGAGGGAAGAGGAGAGAAGAUCCUCAACGAUGACAACGAGUCCGUCAGCUCCCUCAUCCCGGCCUAUCUCAACUCCCUCAAGAAGCUCAUGAUCGAUUAGGAAGACAAGCGAUCACAUCAGCUCCAACUAUUUACAUGCCUGACAUCAAUCCAGCUCUGAUGUCAUCUGAAGAAACAGUAUGAAAUUUGAAGCAUCACAGGGGCUGAAACUGUAUUUUCACUACACAUUCAGGUUACAAACACAUCCAAUAGUGUUUGUGUACACUGUAUGCUCCCAUUGAAUUGAUCUGAAAUGUAUUCACACCUUCCUGUUUGUGUAAUAACUGCAGUCUGUCAGAUCACACCUCUAAUAACACACUCCAGCUUUAAUCCAACACAAAUUUUAUAUCCACUGCAUAGUGUAAUAUUUGUAUGUAAAACAGACUAAGUAUGGAUGGAUGUUUCUAAAUUCCCACUCAAGUUAAAGGUGGCACUUUAUGAAUCAGUUAUAAGUCAUUUUUAAGCCUUUUAAAGAACAAUCCAAAAAUAAUUAUAUA